AUGAAAAAUCGUUUCUCAACAUUGGAUGUAUUUGCUGUAAUUCAUGACUUGAAAGAGCUAACUGGUCAACGUGUCAGCAAUGUUUAUGAUAUGGAUUCUAAAACAUAUCUUAUACGAAUUCAGAAGCCAGAUGAGAAAUGUUUCAUUAUGUUAGAAUCAGGAUGUCGAAUUCAUAAAACUACAUUUGAUUGGCCUAAAGCUCAAUUUCCGUCAUCUUUUACAAUGAAACUUCGGAAGCAUAUCAAACAUAAACGACUGGAAAGUAUUACACAACUUGGUGUUGAUCGAAUUAUUGAUAUGCAGUUUGGUUUUGAUGAACAUGCAUGUCAUGUGAUUGUUGAAUUAUAUGACAGAGGUAAUGUGAUUUUAACGAAUAACAAUUACACAAUACUUAACGUAUUACGACCGAGAACUGAUAAGGAAACGGAUAUGCGUUUUUCGGUGCAAGAACGAUAUCCAGUUGAAGCUGCACGACAAGAUGUCAAUUGCCCAACAAAAUAUGAGCUGAUAGAAGGAUUCAAAAAAGCUAAAAAGGGUGAAUCAGUGAAACGAUUCCUUGCUCCUCUUACUCAAUAUGGUCCUACUUUAAUUGAACAUUCAUUGAGAACUAUUGGUGUUUGUCAAAAUGCUCAGAUUGGUGUAAAUAUCGAUAUGGAUGAGAAUGGUGUAGCAAAAUUACUCGAAGCUCUUCAAUUAGCUCAUCAAAUUUUCAAUGCUAUUAGAUAUAGUGCAGCGCAAGGAUUUCUAAUAUAUAAAGAAGAUACGAGGAUGGAUGGCGUUAUUGUUGAAACAUAUCAGGAAUUUCAUCCAUUCAUGUUUUCGCAAUUUAAUGGUAUGCAAACAAAACAUUUUGAUUCAUUCUCGGCAUGUGUCGAUGAAUUCUUUUCAAAACUAGAAUUACAAAAAGCUGAUAUAAAAGCACUUAAUGUAGAAAAGGAAGCAAUGAAGAAACUAAAUAAUGUCAUAAAGGAUCAACAGGAUCGAAUAGAAGCUUUAAAAAUAGCGCAAAUGGAAAGAGAAGAGAUGGCUGAAUUAAUUGAGUUAAAUACUGAUUUGGUAGAUAAAGCUCUGUUGGUUAUUCGAUCAGCUAUUGCUAAUCAACUUAGUUGGGAAGCUAUUGAAGAAAUGCGAGUGCAAGCCUGUGAAGCUGGAAGUCCAAUCGCUGCUUCUAUCGUUGGUUUAAAUUUAAAUUCAAAUCAAAUGACAUUACUGCUCGGAGAUCCGUAUCGUCCAGAAAUUGAUCCUAAAAAGGUUACUAUUGAUAUUGCUUUGUCGUCUUAUCAAAACGCUAGAAAACUUCAUACGGAAAAAAAAGCUGCACAGCAAAAAGAACAGAAAACAAUUUGUGCUUCAUCAAAAGCAUUGAAAUCAACCAAAAUGAAGAUGAAGGAAACGCUGAAAGUGGUUCAUACAAAAGCUGAAGUUAUGAAAAAAAGACAUGUGAUGUGGUUUGAGAAAUUUUUCUGGUUUGUCAGCUCCGAAAAUUAUUUGGUAAUUGGCGGUCGUGAUGCACAGCAGAAUGAAUUGCUUGUGAAGAGAUAUCUUCGACCAGGUGAUAUUUAUAUGCAUGCAGAUGUACGUGGUGCAUCAUCUAUUAUUAUACGUAACAAAUUAGGUGGUGGUGAUGUACCACCACGAACUUUGAAUGAAGCUGCUACCAUGGCUAUUUCAUAUUCCUCUGCAUGGGAAGCGAAAAUAACAAGCUCAGCGUGGUGGGUUCAUCAACAUCAGGUUUCGAGGACAGCUCCAACAGGUGAAUAUCUAACACCAGGUAGUUUUAUGAUACGUGGUAAAAAGAAUUAUCUACCAACAUGUCAAUUGCAAAUGGGAUUUGGUGUAAUGUUUCAACUAGAUGAGGAAUCACUGGAAAGACAUAGAGAAGAAAGGAAAGUUGCUCCUAUGGUUACAGCAGAGGAUAAUGCUAUGCACCAAGAUGAUGGUGAUGAUAAUGGCAUUUCUUUAAGUGAAAGUGGAAGUGAAGAAGAAAAGAAUUCUUCAGAUGCGCAAAUUGAUGAUUUUCCUGAUGUUCAGGUUAACCUGCAAGGUAUUAUUGGAAAAGGAAGAAGCGCAGAUGAAGAUAACAGUUAUACCAUUAUUCAAGUAGGUCCUUCAGUACAAAGGAAAUCUGCUAUCAAUACGGCUAAUGAUAUUCGAGACAAUAACAAAGAGCAAAAAAUAGAUGAAUUGAAACAAAGUGGCAAAGUACGACCUAUGACUCGACGGCAGAAGCAUAAAGCAGAGAAAAUCAAAAAGAAAUAUGGCGAUCAGGAUGAGGAAGAGCGUCAAUUAAGGUUGAUGUUACUGGCAUCAAAACCAAAGGAUACAAGAGAUUUAGAAAAAAAAAACAUCAAUGAAAAGGCUUUGGAGGAAGCGAAAAAGAAAAAUGCUAAAGAUGGUAAAGUCAGUUUGACGAGUCAAUUUGAAUGUGUGAGAAAUGCAUCAGUGGUUGAGGAGAAAGCUGAACCUUCAACAAUAGCUAAAGAAGAGGAAGAUGAGCAACUAUUGGAAACAGAUAUGGCAGAUAUGGCAGUAAUGGAUGCCGAAGAAACGAAAAUGUUGAAUUCGUUGACAUGGCGACCGUUAGAUGAGGACGUUCUUUUGUUUGCUUUGGUGGUUGUGGCACCGUAUCAAACGAUGCAGAAUUUUAAAUAUAAAGUGAAAUUGACUCCAGGAACUGGAAAACGAGGAAAAGCGGCUAAGAGUGCAAUAGCAUUGUUUCAGCGUGAUAAAUCAGCAAAUGCGCAAGAAUUAAGUUUACUAAAGGUGCUAGCAACUGAUGAUCAAAUUUCACGAAAUAUUCCUGGAAAAGUUAGAGUUUCAGCUCCACAACUGAACAAAAAAUAG